AUGCAUUUGUCUCCAGUAGGUACCGUGGUGGGACAGCUGGAGGGUCCACAGAGUCCCACACCUAUCACAUUCUCAGUGCUGGAGGACGACGGGCAAAACUUGUUCCUUCUCAGCCCGCUCUCUGGGGAGUUCCUUUUGUCCCGUGGCCUGGAUUUUGAGACACAGAGCUUAUUCAUUCUGACCGUGGGGGCGCAGAUGAGGCUGGACUCGGUCACCAGUAUCCGGGUGUACUUCAACGUGCUAGAUGUCAACGACAAUCCCCCUCUCUUCAGCCGGGACGUUGUUUCUCUGUCUCUGCAAGAAAACAUGUGGACUGGCGCCUGUUUUCUAACGCUGAAUGUGUCUGAUAAAGAUGCAGGCGACGUCAUCGUGAUGGUCCAACUGGACAGAGAAAUCACAUCGAAUUAUGCGUUCAUUCUAAAAGCUUUGGAUCUUGGAAACCCCUCCAUGGAGUCAACUGCUACACUCAACAUAACAGUUCUGGAUGUGAACGACUGUACACCAGUGUUUCUGCCAGAUGUAGUGACCGAACAUGUGACGGAGAAUGAAAACGCAACUCAACUGAGUCUUGAGAUUCGUGCCCAGGAUGACGAUAUCGGCCUGAACAGUGAAUUGACUUACUUCAUUCAGACAGAUAACAAAGACCUGUUCUCCAUCAGUCCCAACGGGGAGCUACACAUUUCCAACAGCUUAGACAGAGAGAAAGAGUCUUCCUAUAAAGUUGUCAUCACUGCUGUGGAUUCAGGAAUGGUGGUGUGUGUCGCUUUAGCAAACGACGCAGACGCAGACAUGAACGCAGAGCUCCGUUACUCUUUGUAUCAACCAUCUACAGAUGCGUUUUCCAUCGAUGCUCACAGCGGUGCAGUGUUCAUAUCCGCUCCUCUAACAUCAACUGAAGAAAUUACACUACACGUCUACGUUGAAGAUGCCGGGGAGAGUCCAAAGUUUGAGAUGACAACCGUAACAAUUCUAUUUCGCAACACCUCGGAUUUUCCCGUGAUGCAUGUAGACGUCGUAAGUCCAUCUCUGGCUGAAGACGAGCCGGUGGGGUCGGUAGUUGCCAUGGUCACUGGUUUCAGCUCCAGAGUUGAGUCGGUUAUGUUUUAUUUGGCCUCAGGAGUGAGUGGUGUCUAUUGUCAGGAGCAGAGUUAUGGCUUUGGAGAGCUGUCUUACCUGGAGUUCCCUCCUCCAGACCGCAGCACUAACCUCAUUUCACUGGAGUUUGCUACAGUGCAGAGAAACUCUCUUCUGGUGUACUGCUCUGGAGGAGAGGACCACUCUGACUUCCUGACUGUUGAGAUCGUGAAUGGCACUGCACGCAUGACCUAUGACCUCGGCUCUGGACCGGUCAGGCUGCAGACGCACAAGCAGGUGGCAGAUGGACACUUUCACCUGCUCUCUGUCAGGAGAAUAGGCAGUAUAAAAGAAGAGAUGCUGUGGUACACCUCUGUGAACCGUGUGUCCGGGUACAAGGCCGAGAGGGUCGUAGGCUCCAUGGUAGCGGACGGUCAGUGGCAUGUGCUGACCAUGUGGACGAGCAGAGACAAAAGUAUGAUCUCUGUGGAUGCUGAAGUCGCAGUAAACAUCUCAGAGAGUCUGGAUCUCAGCCCUUACAAUGUGGAAAGCAUCGUCCUGGGACGAGGCCAGGCAGAGCUCCAGCAAACAGGUCAGUUAUGUGAAAGGUUUGUACGUGUGAAUGAGAUCCAGUAA